AAUCAAAUUUCGUCAACCAAAAUAAUGCAAUUAGGCUGGUCAGAUAACUUGGUGCCAUGAGCUAAAGCUCUUAAAGUCUGGGGGUAAGGAGAUCGCCAGUGUCAGUGAAACAGAACCAAAAAGGAAAGAACCAGAAAAGAGAGCGUGGAUAAGAACGUCGAGAAGCUGAAGACCGAGGUCUGGACCGAGCCGGAGAGAGACGCCACGACAAAGAGAUACAUCCAUUCUCCCAUCGUCCACCUGCGCAUCCAGUUCAGGGCCGCAGGCCAACCAGAAGAUGAGAUUGCUAAACAGAGACCUUAAUCUCCAGGAUGUGACGGUGAUGUAUCUGACCACGCUGGCCACUCUGGUGGUGAUCCUGGUGGCAUCCUUCCAGGCGGGCAGUGCUCCAGGUGCAACCCUGCCCUACCAUAUCCCUCUGGACCCCAACGGAAACCUGCAGCUGUCCUGGAACAUAAGCUACACACAGCAGGAGCUCUACCUGAAGUUGAGAGUGAGCCACCUGCAGUACGGCGUGGUGCUCGGGAUGUCCGACAGGGGGGAGAUCUUCAAUGCGGAUCUGGUCGUGCUCUGGAGCGACGGGAAGAGGUCCUACUUUGGGGAUGCCUGGAGUGACGGCAGUGGUCAUGUGACCCUGGACAGCCAGCAGGACUACCAGCUGUUAGAGGUGCAGGACACACAGGAUGGAUUUUACCUGCUGUUCAGGAGGCCCUUCAGUACAUGUGACCCCAGGGAUUACGUCAUAGAGGAGGGCACUGUGCAUCUCAUUUACGGCCUGCUGGAGGAGCCGCUCCCCGCCCUGCGGAAGCUCAACCUAUCCCUCAUCCACCCGGGGGUGCAGCGCGUUCUGCUGCUCCGCCCAGACAGCCCCUCCCCCCCGCUGCCCCCAGACGUCCGUACCCUGGAGAUCCUGGCUCCCGGCAUCACCAUUCCAGAGCAGGAGACCACAUACUGGUGCCAUAUCUACCAGCUCCCCGCCGAUAUGCCAAAGAACCACAUCGUCAUGUACGAGUCGGUGGUAACCCGCGGUAACGAGGCCAUCGUCCACCACAUGGAGGUCUUUGAGUGUGCUCCCCAGCUGGAGAACGUACCCGAGUACAGCGGCUCCUGUGACUCCAAGAUGAAACCAAGGAAACUCAACUACUGCCGACACGUGCUGGCGGCUUGGGCCAUGGGGGCUGAGGCAUUCUACUACCCUUCAGAUGCCGGCCUCUCUCUCGGGGGACCAGGAUCCUCCAGAUUCCUGCGUCUGGAGGUGCACUAUCACAAUCCCCUGCUUAUCACAGGUCGUCAGGACUGGUCUGGGAUCCGCCUGUACUACACCCCAACCCUGAGGAAGUAUGAUGCUGGCAUCAUGGAGCUGGGCCUGGUCUACACACCACUGAUGGCCAUUCCCCCUGGCAUGAGAGACUUCCAGCUGACAGGAUACUGCACUGCCAAGUGCACACAGACGGCUCUGCCGCCCAGAGGGAUAAAUAUCUUCGCCUCACAGCUGCACACGCACCUGGCAGGGUAUAGUGUGAGGACUGUGCUGGUGAGGGGGGGCCAGGAGGUGGAGAUGGUGCAAGAGGACAAACACUUCAGCACCCAUUACCAGGUAAAUACUAUACAUUCACUUUACUACACAAUACUAUACAAACACUUCAGCACCCAUUACCAGAUUAUCAGGACAUUAAAGAAGAUAGUAAAUGUGUUACCAGGUGACGUCCUUCUCACUCAAUGUAUGUAUAACACUGAAGAGAGAAAACGUGCUACAGUGGGGGGAUUUGGAAUUAUGGAGGAGAUGUGUGUGAAUUAUGUUCACUAUUAUCCGCGCACUCAACUGGAGCUGUGCAAGAGCCACGUGGACCCAGAGUACCUGCAAAAGUACUUCUCCUUCAUUAACAGGUUUCAGGGGAGGGAGACCUGUAGCUGUGGGCAGGCUGAUGUGACAGAGCAGUUCACCUCCCUGGCCUGGGACAAUUUCAGCAGCCAGGUUCUCAGCUCCCUCUACAACACGGCGCCCAUCACCAUGCACUGCAACCAGUCCACAGCAGAGCUCUUCCCCGGAGACUGGGAGAAACAAGAACUGCCUCAUGUCACCGGCAUCCUCCCAAAGACCAAGUAUCCUUGUGAAAGCUGUAGACGUGCUUCGGGCCAAUCAGAAUCUCCCACUGUUGUCCGGCCCCAUGGAGCCUGAGGAUGGGUAGGAUGGUGGCUCCUCCUAGGUAGAGAACUACUUGGACCUUUCCGAAAAUUAAAGAAACAUCAACACAGUUUUUUUGACUUCCUCAAGUUGCGCAAAAAAAAAAGUUGCCCUUGGAUAGAUUCUGCAAAUGUAUGGAAUUCUAUUAAAACACUGCAGCAAUAUUCUAUGAGAAAUCCCAUAGAUUAGCAUGUUUCAGGCACCAUCCACCGACUUUCUGCAACAGUUUAAUAAGGUCGAUGGAAGAGCCAGUAUUUACAUUGUUGAAAUGCUUCACUGUAGAAUGAACGUGAUUGCUUUGUAUCCAUUGGCAUUUUCUUUUGUUUUUUUGCUGUAUAAAAGGGGUUGAGUGGACCUGGUUAUUUGCAUGAAAUUAUGAAAUUACUCCCUGCAUCAAAUAAGAUGGAACCCUCCAUGAUGUAAACUGAAUAGCACCCCCCAAAGGUGCCCCCAGGUACCUACCCUCCCCUCAACAUCAAAGAAAUCUUUUCUUCUAGCUAUUUAGCCAAUAUAAUGGGAAACUGGGUCAACCCAUUUUCAUAAAUGACCCAAAGCAUCAUGGGAUGAAAAAUACAUAAUUUGGAAGAACCUA